AUGAUAAGCCUUUUGACGGCUCUCGCCUCGGAUGCUAUCGGCAUGACGGGGUCGAUAUUCGAAGAAGCCAUGUUGAGUGAUGAUCCCUUCGAUCAUGUGCUUGAAGAAUUUGCGAGCAGACCCCGGAAGAAAGCUUGUCUCCGGUGCCGCUCUAGCAAGAUCAAGUGUGACUAUCUCAAACCAUGCUCGUCGUGUGUACGGAGUGGAUGCCCGGGCACAUGCAUGGAGGAUCAAAACCCGAGAUCUUGUGACUUCUGCAAGCAGAAGAAGUUGAAGUGCAACAAGUUGAGGCCCUGUGACCAAUGCAUCAAACGAGCGCGAGGAGAAAACUGCUCAGCUCCCUUCAACGCGGCGAGCUACAAGUCAGCCAAGGCAGCGACGAGGAAGACAGCAGAAGAAGAACCUGCAACACUUCCUCAGGGCUGGGGGCAGCAGGAAUUGUUAGAGCCUCCACCUCAAGCCGUUCAAGUUCACCGGCCGAUGCCGUUCGCGCUCAAGAUCACUUUCUCGGACACAAGCGAACAUCGUGAGCGAGAAUCACUGCGGCUCCAUCACGUCAUCUUCCGACGGGUGUGGGAGUCAGGGUACAGCUUGCCGAGGCUCCUCCGCAUCCUCAACAACCUUCCUCAUGCCAUCCGCCAAGUGCUCGACGAAGGGCUGAUGGCCCUGGAGGGACUUCGACAAAUAAAGUGCAAACGAAUCUCGCCCCCCAGCUCUCCGGAGGUCCCGACUCAAGAUUCGUCCGUGCUUGAGCUAGUCAAGGAUGACAACGAAGGUUUCUUGAGCUCCAACGACUACAUCGGAUUUUAUGCGUACGAGUGGGACCCACUCACUCAGAAGAGAGUGUCGGUUCAAGUCAGCCAGUGCUUGGCCUCCUUCUUGAAAAUGCAUCCCGAAGAAGUCCUUGCUCGCGUUGGUCACAGCGAUCACUUUCUGCCCAACUCGGAGAUAGAAUUCUUGGGAGCUCUCUUCAGUAACAACCUUGCGCCGAGUUUGUUUCUCCGUAAGCAUCGUGCAGAUGAACUGUUCAGAACCAACGAUCUCCCUGCCUACCGCUAUCAACGGCUCACGGGGAAAAUCCUCGAGUCGAUGAUCGUGAAGUCAACAGCCAGCCGACAAUUGGAUGAGCAUGGCAGAGUCGUGAAAACUUGUCACUUCUUGCACCACGUGAGGCCUUGGGAGUAUGACGAAGCCAUGAGGCCCGAGUGCUGCCGCCCGUUCCUCACUAACACUGGCGAUCGGCGAUCUGCCCACCAGCUGCUCUCCGACGCCAACAGGGACUGUCUCUUUGAGGAAUGCUUCGAGACCUGGACCAAGACUCCUGAGGGCGUGGGUCGUCUGAAGAAAUUCGUUUGCUUGUUUCGGAAUCUGAUCCUUCCCUUCAAGCAGGAGCUCGCCAGGCUCAAAGCUCUGGAAGCUCAGAAUGAGAUGCCUUGGGGAUAA